AUUCAAGUCAACCCUAGCCUUUAAGCGACAAUAGGCUAUACCUCCAUGGGCUUAUAAAUUGUCGUUGAAUGGAAGCACACAGACACCCGAUGAGGACAUGAGCCUGCCUCGCAAACGCAAGGCCGGCACUUUGAAGCCCGGUUCCAUCCGAUCCAAGAGCCUGAGAUCAGCGGAGGGUGAGUGUGGAACCGUUCUGCCGGCAGAUGAGUGUGGAACCGUUUUGCCUGCAGAUGUUCUGCCACAAACUCCCACACACAGAGCGCAGAGCUCUAAAGUGGCCAAAGAGGGGGACUCAGAAGGCCAGCUGUGGAGGCGUUCCCCGAGGCUACAGGGCCUCAGUCCAGCAUCCUUUCCUGAAGGUCUAACACAGAUUGACCGUGACCAUGCUGAGGGUCCAAGUGAAGGAGAGGCUGAGGGACAGGAGGCUGAGCAGGCCUUGGUCAUCACUCUGGAUGAGUCUGAAGGACAUGGGAGAGGUCGUCGGAGUGGCAGGAGGAAGGGAGGGGGGAAGAGGAGGAGAGCCAACGAUCCCCUGGAGGAGGAGACGCAGGUGCAGGAGGAGCAAGAGGAGGGGGGGGAGGAGGAGGAGCAGGAGGAGGUGCAACCGGAGCUGCAAAUCGACCGCGAGCUGGACCGCGAUCUGGAGAACAAAUCCCGCCAGCACAGACUGACCUCCGCCAAUGUCCGCAGCAUCAUCCAUGAAGUCAUCACAAACGAGCAUGUGGUUGCCAUGAUGAAAGCUGCCAUCAAUGAGACUGAGCCUGUACCUGUGUUUGAGCCGAAGAUGACUCGCUCCAAGCUGAAGGAGGUGGUAGAGAGAGGAGUGGUCAUUCCUACAUGGAACAUCUCACCAAUCAAAAAACCCAGUGAAGCAAAGGCUCCCCAGUUUGUGGACAUUCCCCUGGAGGAGGAAGACUCAUCAGAUGAGGAGUACUGUCCUGACGAUGAUGAUGAAGAUGAAACUGCUGAGGAGACGCUACUGGAGAGUGACUUGGAGAGUACUGCCUCAUCCCCGCGUGGCAGCAGAAGUAUUCACAGAGUUCACGACGAAGACAGAAACAGUGGCUCUCACCAGUUGUCUCGGAGGUCGGGGCAUGUGAGGGUGGAGGUCGUUCCCAUGGGCCCCCCUCCCCCUCCGCAGCCAGCCCCUGGACCACCCGCACCCCCUCGGCCCAGCCGAGAGAGCAGCUUCAUGGAGAAGCUCCACGCUGUGGACGAGGAGCUGGCCUUCAGCUCACACUGCAUAGAGCCCUACCAGACACUGGGUGGUGGCGGGGCAGAGGGUGUGAUGGCGUUCCGCACGCGCUCCAAGCGGCCCCUGAGAGACGUCCCCUUAGAGGAGCUGGAGGCGGAGCUGCGUGCGCCGGAUUUCACCCCUGACCUCUACGACAUGUUCUCCGCUCACGAGGACCGGGAGUGGACACACUGGCUGCAAGGACUCAUGAGUUCCAUGAGCAACGAGGAGGAAGUUGACGAUGACGACGACCCGGAGUAUAACUUCCUGGCCGACACUGAUGAGCCCGACGUGGAGGACUACAGGAACGACCGCGCCGUACGCAUCACCAAAAAGGAGGUGAAUGAGCUGAUGGAGGAACUGUUUGAAACUUUCCAGGAGGACUUGGCUGUGCCGGAGGAAGAGGAGGUGCAUGAGGAGGUAGAGGAAGAGGAGGAGAAGGAGGAGGACACGGUUCCUGCAGCGCCCCCUACUGUCAGCAUCCUACACACUGUCCAAUAUGAGAACCCUCUGGCUGAUGUUCUGAAUGAGAGUUAUCGUACGGUGAGGGAGCAACUGGCUGCUCUGCGUCGUCGGCGCGCCCUACUGGAGAGUCGUGGAAUUGCAUGGCCCCCUCCCAGCAGUGAGCCCCCACCACCCCCACUACUGCUCACACACACACAGAAACUCCACUUGCAGCAGCAGGUACAACAGCAUGUCCAGCUCCUGACUCAGGUGAUCAUGCUGUGCAGCCCUGUGGACAGGCUUAAGACGGAGACCUCCACCGCCAGGCAGUUUCUAGUGAGAACAACACACACACACACACACACACGCACACACACACCUAUACUGCCAAACAAGCCCACCAGUGGGCGGAGAUUCCCCAUACUCCCGCCCCACCUGGCCUGGCUGAUGGCCACUCGUCCCGCCUUCAUGUACCCAGAACUCCUCCCCCACGUCAGCCUUGAUCCCGCCCACCACGCCUCCAGCACCAGCAAGAUCAAGAGCUUCACCCUGGCGGAGGACUGCCUGAUCGUUCUUGGCCACAAGCACUUCAGUGGGACUGCCCGGCCUCUCAAGAUGGCCGCCCACUACCUGCUUGCUGCAAAGACAGUCACUGAGAUCAACAAACAUGUUUACGACGUCAGCCACCGCCUGCCCAACCACGUCGUCACGUCUUAUUUCCAGCAGAAGAAAGUUCCCAGCAUGCCACAGCCCUGCCGCCAAGUGGAACCGUCAGACCGGCGCCCUCCGGUGGAGAAAGAUGAGAACACCAUGCCACUGUGGCUCUGGAAAAGCCUGCAGGCCAUCUAUAAGGCAGUGCAGCACCACGCUGGCCACCAGGGGGGGCUAUCUGGGGAGUUGGCCCCGAGAAGCAGCCCUGCAGAAGGGGAAGUCCUGUCCAGUGAGCCCCCCGCGUCCUCCAGCUGCCCCAAAACCCUCCUGCCCCCGCCACCCCCACGGCCGUACAGCUUCCCCCCUGGUACGCGCUACCCCGCCAGCCUGCCUGAGAGGCUCGUGAUGCAGCCGAGUGGGUUCAAGUGGGUGCCCUCCCCCCCCAGGCCCAGGGCCUGCCAGUCCAAACCCCGCCGCCCACAGCGCCGUCAGCGCCUCUUCACCGCCACCUGGAGGCAGGAGGGAAAACUGCAGCCCAUUCAGCCAGCUCCCUCUCCAAGCCUGACCCCCCCAAUCCCCAGGGCACUGGCAGGGAGAGGAGCAACGGUGUGUGUGAGGGGUCGGGGUGGGCCGGUGUGUGUGAGGGGUCGAGGCGGAUCGGUGUGUGUGAGGGCUCGAGGUGGAUCGGUGUGUGUGACUGGUCAAGGAGGGCCGUUGGUGGGCAGCAUCACCCCUACGCUGGGGCUCGGAGGGUUGAUCUUAAACCUGCCAGUCUCAGCACCUUUAGUCUGCCCCACCCCUCCAGCCAUGCCUCCUGCACUGGGAUUGGCUCCCCUAGCUCCCCGAGCCACCCCAUUGGGCAAGAGCGUGGUCAGUCAGCACUGCAGCACCCUGAUGGGACUGCACAAGCUGCCGACAUUCCCAUCAGCCCACAGCGUUACCCAGGUGCCUCAGCUGGUGCUGGUGCCCUCCGGCCUGCUGCUUCCCAACCCCACGCCGUUGCCCCUGGCAACCGCUGCCAAAGCCCAGGCCAGAACGCUCAGGAGGAGCAACCAAUCACAGAAGGAGGUGCAGGGGGAGGUCUGGCACGUCCCCACAGAGGAGGCGCAAGGAACUGUGAGAAUGGAGCCACAGGCUAUAGCAGGAGCAGGAGGAGGUGCAGGAGGAGGAGGGCCAUCGGAGAAGAGAACUAUUGUGCCUGAGGAAGAGGAGGCGGAGGAAGAGGAGGGGCAGAGAGAGGAAGAGGAGGUGGAGGAAGAGGAGGGGUAUGGGUCUGGAGAAGGAGACGAAGGGCCCUUCCUGAUGCUCUCUGAAUCCUCAGGAAGUCCCACCCCCAGCCUCAGCAGCUGCACUGAUGCCAUGGUUACAGAGAUUGACAGGGAGGACAGCCACUCUGAGGCCACUGAGGGACGGACAGAAGAGGACGCUGGAAACAGGCGGACACAGAAGGAAGGUGGCGACGGCGAGGCCGAGAGAGAUGAGGUGAUGAAUGUUCUAGAAACGAUGUCCUCUGCAUCUGAAGAGUCCGUGUUAUCUGUGCCAGAGUUGCAGGUUAGACCACCGGACGUCAUGUCACGUCAUGUGACACUCCCAUCAAGCCAUCAAGCCAUGGACCUCAUCUCAUCCCGGCCUCAUGCAGCUACAGCUGAUGAGACCAUAGAGAGACUGUCAUGGCUUGCCUGGGAGGGAAGAUGUGAUGCAGAGAAGAGAUCAGGAGAGGAGAAGAGUCUGAAGAAAACUAGCUCUGCAUCAGUCCUUGACCCAGAUGGGGAGAGAGCGCCCUCGUCUGGUGACAAGUGGACUGCUGCGCGGGAGGUUGGUUUUGAGGAGGCACCUGUGCCGUUGUCUGAGGAUGCUGGCGUCAAUGACGACCCACAGAAGGAUGCUGGCAUCGAUGACGACCCACGGAAGGAUGCUGGCAUCGAUGACGACCCACGGAAGGAGACUAAGGAAGUGGCGUUUGCACAGGCCUACCUGGAGAAGGUGCGCGAGGCUCUCCAGGUGGUUCCUGGGAAGGUGGAGGAGUUCCUGGGGGUGCUGAACGUGUUUGAGCGGGAGCCCGAGGGCCGUACGCCCGUGGAGCUGUACCAACGACUGCGACCGCUGCUCCAGCACUGGCCCGAGCUGCUGCAGGACUUCGCUGCCUUCCUGCAACCGGAGCAGGCCCACCAGUGUGGUCUGUUAGUGGAGCAGCAGGCGUUCGAGCGUAGUCGGCGAUUCCUCCGGCAGCUCGAGUUGAGUUUUGGAGAGAGCUCCACCCUCUAUCGCAAGGUGGUGAAGAUUCUGAGAGGAGGCACUAACCACGGUGGCAUUGUAGAGGUCAAAGCUCAAAUAUCCACUCUGUUGGGAAGCCACAGCCACUUGUUGGAGGAAUUCUGGGUAUUUUUCCACCAGCUCUACCCACAGGUCUCAGAGUCUCCUCAGUUGGAGGAAAAGAAGUGCCCGAACGCCGAGGCUGAACACCAGGACAACCAGCCAAUCACAUCUCUCAUCCAUGCACAAGAAGAGGACCAUCGUAACAGCCGGCCCCGCAGUUUGGGAAGGAGGAAGCGCCUAGUGUUCCCAGACACGCUGGACACAGGCAACACCAGAGAAAGGCUCCCAGCCCAGCAGAGCCUGCUUCAGGAUGCGGAGAACGCAGCUUCCGACCCAGAGAUCGUGUGCGCCAAGAACAUUUCCCUCAUGCCCAGCGGGGAGAGGGUGGUCCUCUGGACCCGGGAGGCGGACCGCGCCAUCCUGACUGCCUGUCAGCAGAAAGGGGCCAAUCAGAAGACGUUUAGUGCUGUCUCCGCCCAGUUGGGCAACAAGACAGCCAACGAGGUGUGUUCACGGUUCCAUGACCUGAUGAGAUUGUUCCACACAUCGUCCAAACAGCGCUCAAGUGAGAGUGACAGCGACACUGACACUGACACCUCCUCCAGCUCAAAAGACGAACCGGACUAAACAGAACCAACUUAGCACUAGUACUGGUACCUGACCGGCACCAAGCUAGUGGUCCAGCUCUGGGUCCAGAUGAAGAGGCUGGAACCCGUCCGUGGUCUGUGGACCUCUCUCUGAUUCUGACCAAUCAUCUGACGUCUCUCCCUGUGUGGCUGGCCAAUCAGAGCCAGAUCUCUGAGAUUGAUAUGAGUGCUGCUUUCGAUGAGGGCCACAGAACAGAAAACUGAAGUGGUUAUUUAUUUACAUAUUUAUUUAUUUAUGCUGUCUUAAUGUCUAAGGUGCCUCAUCUCCUCUCCUGGGUAAUGUUGGUUGCGGACGAAGCAGCAUUUUCACAUGAUGUUAUAGUCAUGCUGAGGCAGUCAGCCGGCCGUACAUAAAUGUACGUGCGUUAUUAAAUAUAUUGUACAGUGUACAGUAUGAUUUUAAAAAGUAUGAGCAUUGUUUGUAUUGUCAGAGAAAUGUUGUUGACUUGCCUAAUUAAAAAUGUUGCACAGCA